GAACGAUCAAUUCGAUGUCGGCGCCUGAAGCCCCCGCUUCGCAACCUGCUGACGCCGAAAAUGUGAUUCCUCGCGCCGAACUCGAUGUCUCGAAGCUGCAUGCACUACCCUCAGAACAACAAGACCUCUACCUCCUGACCUUCACAACCGACCUUGUCAAAUAUACUGCGAAACUUGAUAAAGAUGGAAUAUUCUCGCAGCAAGAAUUUAUUAAACGAGAGCUAUUCAAAAUUAUAAAACUUCAGUCGCCGGUCCCAACACGAUUAAUCCGGAAUAAUAUAGGCAGAUGCUUUGGUGCGAUAUUCACAAAGGGGAACCGUGCUAUACUCUACGAUACAGUCAACGAAUUGAUAGGGAUACUAAAUGCAGGAAAGAAUGAAGUGGAUCUUAAGGCAAAAUUUGCAGCUGCCGUUGCGCUUGGAGAGAUAUUCACGGUCGCGGGUGGCUCCCUCAUCAACCAGUCAAGCUUGACCUGCGCUGUGCUACUCAAACUGUUCAAAUCCUCGCAACAGCAUGCAGGGCUCAGAAGCUCUCUCUAUACUGCGAUAAGGAAAGUUGUCGCUGGGAUAGGCACACCGGUUGACGAAUCAACGGCGAAAGAUAUAUGGAAGCACGCUAGAAACGCGGCCGUGAGCGACAAGGCGUAUUCUGUUCAGGCCAGCGCGUGUCUGUGCCUAGAGCAGCUGAUUAAGAGUACGCCGUAUUUCAAUAAUUUGAGUGACUUUGAAAACCUGAAGUCAACCAUAUGGAAGGUCAUUGAUAGUCCUGUGACUUCCGUGAGACAUGCGUCGGCUGCAUGUUUUGCUGCCAUUUUGCUCAAGGGGCAUACCGUUGGUGGUCAAGUCGACGUACCCAUUGUGAAACUCCCGAAGAAGCCCCUCAAGAAGCCAGAUCCCGCGGCUGUAGAGGAUGAAAUUCCUGAACGCCCGCAAUCUCCGUCGGGGCGGAAGUCAGAGGCUACACUGGCACUUAAGCUCCCGGACCUUCUCCUGCAGCUAUCCGUCCAAUAUUGCCGAACUUCAACUGGAAAUCGCGCAAGAGCCGGAAUAGCAGUAUGCUACAAGCUGUUUUUGCGCGGUUUGGGCGAAAAAUUGGUUGAAGAGCGUUACGCUGAGAUUGCUCGCCAUCUACUCUUUACGCUUCUCAACCACGCCACGAUAGUAAAUAAUCGGUAUCGCUUGCUUAUGACCCGGAAAUUUAUUAAACAUAUUCUCGAGGAUGUGGUGGGAUCCGAGAUAUUGAGUGAAAGUGGCCAGCUUAGUGCCGCCAAAUGGCUGAUCAAUGAUGUGCUGAAGGAUUAUCCCCAAGUGAUGCAGGAGCGUCGAGAACCGAGCAAGCAUACGCUCACCUGUGCUGUGAGCGCUCUAUCCUCUCUGAUAUCCUCCUUGGGUUCCGCUAUUGGCACCAUCGCAGAAAGUUUCCGUGAGGCUCUAUUGCAAGAUCUGCAGCACCCCAGCUACACUGUCCAAAUAUAUGUCUCACACUGUUUACGGAAUUUCGUACUCGCGUGCCCUCAGCAGCUCCUUUCAUGCAUAACAAUAUGCAUGAACAGCUUGCAUAGAGAGAUCGGGCAGCUAUCCACCCCCAGGCAGUCAAGUCGUCGUUGUCUUGGGUAUGCCCAUGGCCUAGCAUCUAUGCUCAGCACCUCACGACUCCAGCCUCUUUAUGGCUCUGUGGAUAUAUACUCACGAGUACUAUCUCAGGCCACUGAUCUGCUCAAAACAAGUGGUAGCUCGGAGCUGAGAAUAGCCAGCACACAAAUACAGGUGGCAUGGAUACUAAUCGGAGGCCUCCUGCCGCUCGGCCCAAAUUUCACCAAAAUACAUCUCUCACAGCUUCUGUUACUUUGGAAAAAUGCCCUUCCAAGAGCAUUACCUAAAGACGAUCUAGCUAAGCGUAGCCCCCUGGAAUUGAGCUUUUUGGCUCAUGUUAGGGAAUGUGCUCUAAGUUCAAUUCUUGUGUUUCUAGAAUUUAACAGCAAACUCGUCACAUCUGACGGAGCAAAGAGAAUCGCGACAAUGCUUCAAAAUACGGUUGUAUUUCUUGAGAAUCUCCCUCGCAUCAAAUCUUCCGAGGAUAUUUCUCAACGCCUGUCACCCUCCUUACAACUCAAAGACUAUCCAGUUCUAGUCCGACGACGGGUUUUACAGUGCUUUGAGAAAUUGGUAAAUCUAAGCCAUACCAAUGUUGCGGAUAUUCUGUCAUUGUCAAACGUGCUUGGUCUUGCAAUAUCUUCCUUUGCCGAUCCAGACGUUUCAAAUCCACUUGACUCUUCAGUGGCGAGCGCCGCUACAAGUUUUGAGAACUUGUGGGAUCUUGAUGAUAACUUUGGUUUUGGCGUCACUGGCCUCGCUAUGGAAUUUUCUCAAAACAGUGAUCACAAAGGUCACAAUAUUGGUGCUCGACAGCUCCCUAGCAAUGCCGAUCGGGUGAUCGACAGCACUUUAAUUUCGCCGAUAUGCCAAGGCAGAGAACACGAUUCAGUUCUCCUCUAUUCGACGAAAGAUGUUAAGCACGGCUCCCUUCCUGAUCCCCCAACUACCGAAGUUGUCAAUGCUUCCAUUAAGUUAUUUGCUACUACACUUCCAUCGCAGGCGCCAAAAGUCCAGGAGAGCAGUGUCGAACAAAUAGCUACGCUUUUAGCUUCACAAAGUCUCGUUCGGAACCCAGGGAGAAAAGCCGCUAUGACAGUCAACAUUGCUAUGGCUCUGUUACAUGCUCUCCGAGUUGCACUGAAGGAGACAGAUUUCCCACCUGGCAACUUAAAAAAUCCUGCAACGGAGAAGAUUGUUCAGGAACUUCUCCAGACAUUUCUUGCAGAUCCCGAUUACGUUGUUCGUACCAUAGCGUUUGAAGCGCUUGGACGAUUAUGCAACAGUGCGGGCAACUCGUUUACGAACUCUCAGAUCAAUUCUAUCAUUGAUACAAUUGUCGAGAACCGUGACCCCAACGCUCGUGCCGGAUGCGCUGCUGCAUUGGGCUCGAUUCAUGCCCAAGUUGGUGGCAUGGCGGCGGGUUUCCAUUUGAAAACUAUUAUCAGUGUCCUCAUGUCGCUUUGCAGUGAUCCUCAUCCUGUUGUCCAUUUUUGGGCCUUGGAAGGGUUGUUACGAGUUGUUGAUUCUGCUGGAUUGACGUUCUCUGCAUAUGUUUCUGGCUCUCUAGGCAUGCUAGCGCGUCUAUAUGCUGCCGAUACGCACAACGAAGAGUCAGCGUUGAUUGCUACAUCUAAUCAUGAAGCUGUCUUUUCUACCCCUCUUGCCAUUAGCCGGUGUGUCGAUGCUCUUAUUAAUGUCAUCGGCCCCGACCUUCGCGAUGUAACGAAAACGAGGGAACUUAUCUUCACCCUCGUUAAAGAGUUUCAGCUGGAGCUAGAUAUAUCCAUCGUGGCUGUGAGCUCCAAAUGUCUUGACCAUUUAUCCCUCUAUGCUCCAGAUCAUAUGGAUUUCUCCGGAUAUGUGCACUGGCUUCAGCAGGAGUUGAAUUCUAAAGAUAUGCAGGUUCGUGAGGCUGCGGUGCGAGGCCUGAAUAAUAUCAUGAAACGGGACCCCGAUAAAGUGAUACGAACCGCAUCUGCCACCUUCGAAGAUGAGCUCUGGAUGGCAUUGGACAGUAUUCCCGACAAUGAGCUACUAAAGGAUCUUGUCCGCAAUUGGCUGCACCAGACCGGGCUUACAGAUACUGCGGUUUGGGUUCAACGAUGCCAUAAAGUUCUCACAAAAACCCGUCCAAAAAGCGACGAGAUUCCAAGCCCUAAUACCGCUGCAGCUAAUACAGGUGGUGCUGAACUUCCGGACGAUGAAGUGGCCGGCUUUGCCACCGCAGCUGCGACAGAGAAUAGAGACGCCGGUGAACCAGAUUCACCGUCGGGCCAGGAAAUGCUCAAAUGGCAAACACGUAAUUUUGUCAUGAGCUGUUUGAGUGAUCUUCUAAACAUGGUUAGCUCACAAAUACAGGCGGAUCAGACGAUUCCGUCAGAAGCAGCACUACAGGAAAGGGUGGGUGAGAUGGUUCGUAUGGCAUUUUCUGCCUCUACUGCAAGUGUGAUUGAGUUGAGGAUCUGGGGCCUCAAGAUCCUCGAUCUCAUUCUGAAAAUGUUUGGGAGAACCCCAGAUCCGGACUUUGCAGAGGCUUCUUUGCUCGAGCAGUAUCAAGCUCAAAUUGGCUCCGCUUUGACUCCUGCUUUCGCCGCCGAUUCCUCUCCUGAGCUGGCCUCAGAGGCGAUAAAUGUUUGUGCUACUUUUGUGGGGACCGGAAUUGUUACGAGUGCGGAGAGAAUGGGUCGCAUUUUCAAGCUUCUCGUGGUUGGCUUGGAAAAUUUCGGAGACAACCCGAACACAACUGAUAUUGGUGACCUUAAAGGCCUUAAUUCGAAUGCUCGAGUUAUGGUGAAGUUAGCUUUAUAUUCUGCCUGGGCCCGAUUACAAAUUGCCAGCGGAGAACAAAGUUAUUUGGUCAAAGUUUUUUAUCAAGACUCCUGGUUAAAUAUAGUCGAUGCCAUUGCCAGUCUAGUUGAAAAGGAUAGUGAUUUCGUCUUCGAUGCCUUGGACAACAAAGGGCAGAAACCUAAACUUGAACAAGAGCCAGGUUCCGAAGUUGCUAUUAACGGAACAGAAGGAAAAGGGAAUAACAUUAAUUACCGCGAUGAACCAGUUGCAUUCUUUUUUGUUCUCUUUGGCCUAGCAUUCGAAGCUCUUGUUAGCCAAUCGAGCGCACCAUCCUCCCAGAUCCUUGCGAUAUUACAAGCUCUGCAGAAAAUAUUACGCCCUUCAGUUGCCGGAAACGCGGUAUAUCAAGACGCCGUAUUUUCAGAAACCAUCGAUGCUCUUGAUAGGCUUGUGAUGACCGAAGGCCCCAGUGUCCAAUCCGUUAUUGUCGAAAUUGCUCGAAACCUGGCGCUUCAUCACCAAUCGGCGACAAGAAGUGACGCACGCACCGAAAACCUCUCCGAUGAUAUAGAGCAGCUCUUCGAACUCACUCGCAACAUUAUCCUAGUUCUUGCCGGCAUUCUUCCUAACCUUGGCGACUCUUCCCCGAAGCCUCGUUCUGUGGUCUCAGAAGACUCUAUUCCACUUGUUCAACUCGCGCUAUCUUCGUUGGUGGACAUCACAACUGUUUUCCCCUCGAUCAUUCGGGCCGACCUCCACGCCUGUAUACUGCACAUAUUCGGCACUAUUCUAGCCACCGGUAGCUGUCAAGCAGAAAUCGUGCCCCAAGCACUUCCUAUCUUCCGACGCUUCAUUCGUGACCUCACUGCUCCCCUAAGCUCCAAAACCAUUGAUUCCGGCGAUGAGGGAAAAACCAUUUCUCACCAGAUCCGCGGCUGCGUAACGCGCUUCCUAUCAAUUCUCCGAGUAGCGCAACGCCGAGAAUCAGAUGCGUCUCUUUCUUGCGCCAAAAACACCCUCCUGUCACUAACAAUCCUCCUCACGAACAGCGGCCACGUGAUUCCUCCCCAAGAUUCCUUAAUCCCACAAGUCCUCCAAGAAAUCCUUGACUGUCUUCAGGAUCUUGGCCUUGCCAGCGUUGCUGCAGGAUGCCUAAGAUCUCUUCUUCAUUCUACUCCUCGAUCAUCCGUGGAUGACGCCAUUGCCCGGUUCAUAUUUCCCCGCCUAAUUGCAUUCGUAGCUGGGAUCCCCUUGGGCACAGACGGAGUACCACCGAUCGAUCCCGAAAAUAUAAAAUCAUCAAUUGUGCAAACUCUCGUAUCUUGUGUUGGGUCAGCAGCAAUCGCUACCGGUGCUACGCCAAAUGCAAUGGCGCUAUUGAUUCCAGCGUUGCUGAAAAGAGCACAGGGAGAAGGGCGGCCAGUGUAUAAAGAAACCGCUACGAGAUUAUUAGAAUUAGCGCAGGUUGAUCAGGUAUCAUUUAGAAACUUUGCGGCUGGGAUGGACCCCGGAUUGAGAGCGUUGACUGAAGAGAUUUUGCGAAGUACCGGACCUAGCGGAGGAGCCGGAGGUGCAGCCGGAAAUGAUACAGGCGAUCAGAGUGUUGCAGUGCCUAGCAUUACACUUCGAAUGGACUUCUAG